GUUUUGGCUUGUGGUGGUGUAGGGUACUUGCUAAAACAAAUACAAAUGUUGUGGCAAAAAACAGAAAAAUGUUUUAUGAUAUUGGCAGUCCUGAUGCUGACCUCUUCAAUAUGUUGUCUUGAGAUACUUCCCAAUGGUAAAUCAAUCCGGUCUGGUAGACUUAUCAUUGGUUCCAGCCGAACUACAAGUCCAAACAAGGAUGAUCUCAAGAUGUUGCAUGAUAAAUAUGUUGGAGACAGUAAUGGAUUUCAAUCUGAUCAGCCAGCGUUGAUGGAAGGGUCUGAACUGGCGAUGUUAAAACUCCAGCGUUUGAGUCCCUCUGUGCGGUGUGAUAAUAAUUCAAUGUCUCUGCAUAUUCAAGGAAGUCGAGUACCCAACUUCUUGGUUGAGACAGGUAAAGAGGGCCCAGUGCCAUUAUUUCAAAUGCCUUCCAACUGUGGCUUUUCUGUGAAGCGGGCCCGCAGAGAUCUUGCACUCGUGGCCAACUAUGAUGGCUGCAAUGUUGUGCAACAGGGGGAUGCCUACAUCUUGCCAUUGCGUUAUUUGGGAGUUGGAAUGAAGGUGGUCUGUCCUAUGGCUCGUCCUCUCUCUACGGUCUUUUGUAGCCGUUCAGCUAUGGUUGUCAAUCUUUGCCCAUCUCUAGAGGGACUCUGGGUGAAGGUGAAUGGUUUGUGGCAGCCUGUGCACCAAGUGGCCACCUGUGGAUUUACCUUGAAACCUGUGGCAGGUGGACUGACCCUUACGGCACCAUAUACAAGCAGAUGCUGGCAAUUUGAGCGUGCUGAGAGGAUUUUGUCUGUGAAAUAUUCGGGUGUGGAGUUGACCUUGUCCUGCCCAGCUGUUGCUACUUUACCUGCUGAAGGGCACCCAGGAACUCCCACAACUACCUCAACUACGAUGACUACCCCAGCCAGUGCUGAUCAACCACAGUGGUAUCCUUGGUUACAUGGAAUGCCCUAUCCUUAUUUUAAGCCUGGGUAUUUCUAUCAUGGCCAUCCUGGAGCUCCCCCAGUUCCCCCAACAACCAAAGCUCCUACCACUACCACAGUUGCACCAGCCAGUGCUGAUCAACCACAGUGGUAUCCUUGGUUACAUGGAAUGCAAUAUCCUUAUUUUAAGCCUGGGUAUUUCUAUCAUGGCCAUCCUGGAGCUCCCCCAGUUCCCCCAACAACCAAAGCUCCUACUACCACUUCUACCACUACCACAGUUGCACAAGCUAGUGCUGAUCAACCACAGUGGUAUCCUUGGUUAAAUAGAAUGCAAUAUCCUUAUUUUAAGCCUGGGUAUUUCUAUCAUGGCCAUCCUGGCGCUCCCCCAGUUCCCCACACAACCAAAGCUCCUACUACCACAACUACCCCAGCUGCUACUACUACCACAACCACAUCUGCCAGUGCUGAUCAACCACAGUGGUAUCCUUGGUUAUAUGGAAUGCAAUAUCCUUAUUUUAAGCCUUGGCAUUUCCAUCACCAUCAUGGUGCUCCCCCAGUUCCCUACACAACCAAAGCUCCUACUACCACAACUACCCCAGCUGCAUCAGACAGUUCUAAUCAACAGGCCUUGUAUCAUUGGUUCCCUGUACAGUAUCAUGGUAUGCCAUGGUAUGCCAAGGCUUACAGCCUUCCUGGAGCUCCCACAGUUACCCCUCCAGCCACACCCCAAACUACAACAGUCACAGGACCAUCCAUGGCUGCUACAGUUGCUCCCAGCAAUUCUGAUCAACCACAACUGUAUCCUUGGUUACCUGGAAUGAUUAAUCCUUAUGUCCCUGCAGCUUCUGCUGACAUUUCAGUGCCUGCCCCUAACAGUGGGGAUACACAGCAGAUGUCCUGGGUGAAUGCCUUUCCUAAGUUUCAAUCAGUGGUUAACCCAUCCAAUGUUGUGUCCUAUCCUGCCCAUUUUUUUCCACUACAGGUCAAAGCAAGUGCAGGAAAAUGACUUGAC